CAAUGACACACGUGAACUGCAUUUCCCGCUGUUCUGCAGUGCGCAUAUUUAUGGACAGUCAGACAGGUAGGCGGCUGUGAUUGACAGGAGUGAAUGAUGCAGUGUGUGCAUUACAGUUCAAUUGUGUGCACGAUGGCGCUUAUUAGUAUUAGUUUUAUUAGUCGUAUUAUGACCAUUCAUCUUGACAAUUUCACUCAAAAGCUUCCUAGCUAGGCAAUUACCAUUACAGCAUUUAAUUGUAAAGGCAAGGCAACUAGCUUGGUUUCUGCUAUUGUCAGGCAGUGACAGAUCUGACCAUAUGCCGUGCUUUUUGUACAUGUUGACACUAUGGCCGACGGAUGACAGUUUGUAGGCAGGGAGAUUGCGAGAGGCUGGAGAGAAUGGGAAAUGGAGGGAGGGACGUCCACAGGAGGGAGAAACUGUGACGCUAGUCUCGGGGAUAAUUGUUAUCACCCAAAUAGGCUUUGAUUAGGUAACGUGCCCGAGCAGUGGGCGCACUGCGCGGCGGCUCGAUGUGCCCGCAGUCCGCGAGGCUGUGCUCGUGAGUGGAGAGAGAGGCUGCUUUGCUGGUUUGAAGAGCUGCGCUAGGCGAGAUGGCUGUUCAGGAGUGAGGAAGUUUGGUGGCUGCACAGAACGGAUGCCCUGCAGUCUAUCCGCUUGUGUCUUGUUGAAAUUAACAAGAAGAAAUCAGGCCAAAUCUUGUGCCACACACUGUAACAUUAUCCAUUGACAGUCAUCUUCCAUGUACACUCAUCAUGAGGAUUUAAUCAUAGUACGGUUUUUAUGGAGUGGAUUGUCACAGCGGAAUAUCUGGGUGUCACGUCUUGCCGUUUCAGAUUUUCAAAGUUGAAGGAGGCUGAGAAGCAUUUUGGGAUAGCUGGCGUCACACCCCUUCACCAGUAGAAGUGAGGGAGAGGAGAUUUUUGGCUGGACUGGCAAUCAAUGCAUGAAAUCACGCAAUACGAAACGGUCAGUGGGUCUGUGGGUUUAUAGAUCGGUAAUCUGCCAGUGCAGAAGUCAGCGGCAGCUGGGGACACAGUGAUGGAGUGGUCCCUGGAGACGGUGCGGGAGCUGGUGGCAGGUGGGAUGCAGUCGAUGCGGGAGUGCGAGUCCAGCGCUGUGGGCACUGCCUUUUGUCUCUUGCUGCUCUUCGUGUGGUACUGCUACCGCGUGGGCCGCGAGCACAGCGCCCCCACCCUGCGCGGAGGCUACAGUGCGGACCCGGGCAGGGGUGGGGGAGGGGGCGGGGGGCUGCUGCUCAGUCCCGAGGUGGGGGCCAGGGGCAAGGCGCGGCAGGUGGCCAGUGUGGAGGAGCAGAACGGGUUUGCCUACUGCCAGUCCCCUGAGUGCUUCCGCUGCAUCCACGCCGGGGAGGGCCUGAACCAGCGCCUCUACCACAGCCUGCAGGACUACGCCAAGCGCUACACUUGGGCCGGCAUGGGCCGCGUCCACAAGGGGGUACGCGACCAGGGCCGCUACCUCUCCAGCCGCCCCUCUAUCCAGAAGCCUGAGGUCUUCUUCCUGCCUGAUCUGCCCUCUGCCCCCUUCUUUUCCCGGGAGGCCCAGAAGCACGACGUGGAGUUGCUGGAGCGCAGUUUCCCCGCCCUGCUGGCUGAGUUUGAAAGCGUCUACCACCACCCCCCGGCCAGGUCUGGGUCCGCCCUGCCGCCAGGGUGGAAGGCCAACAGCACCCCUCACGGGCAGUGGUGGACCUUCUACCUGGUGAACCAGGGCACCCCACUGGCUCUUAAUGCCCGCCGCUGCCCCAGGGCCUGGAGGGUGCUGGGCCAGCUGCGCACCUUCAUCGCUAACAAUGUGUUCGGGAACGCCUGCUUCUCCGUGCUGAGCCCUGGAGCGAUGAUCACCGAACACUACGGUCCCACCAACGUCAGGCUGCGCUGCCACCUAGGUCUGAGGGUGCCCUCUGGCUGUGAACUGGUGGUGGGAGGAGAGCCGCAGUGCUGGUCAGAGGGGAGCUGUCUGCUGUUUGAUGACUCUUUCCUGCACACUGCCUUCCACGAAGGCAGUGCAGAGGACGGCCCCAGGGUGGUCUUCAUGGUGGACCUCUGGCAUCCAAAUGUGGCAGCUGCAGAGAGACAGGCGCUGGAUUACAUCUUUACUCCUGGUCGCUGAGAGAGAACGAAUGAAAGGAAAAAAGGGGCGAGAGAAAGGGGAAGAAAGAGAGAGUGAGGGAGAACCCUCAUGUCCCCGUCCUCAUUUUCCCAUGUACAUAUCUUUUCUUCACUCUGAUCACCAGUUCCACUAAGUUAUAUCUUCUCUUUGGGACUUACAUUUGACCAAACAGACUUUAUCUGAAGUGCAAUGUAAUGUUUACAGUCUCCUCUCUAACCUAAUUCUACUGCUGGUUCACCCCAUUUCCAUUGUGAUAAUCUACAGUGCUGUAUGUUGGAGGCACUUAAAUAUCAAUUUACAUUAACGGCCAUUAACAUUAACUGAAAAAGAGGUAGACAUUUCACACAUAUUGUACUACACUGUUGGAUGAGCACAUAUGAAUCUUGUUUACUAGUUUGUCAGAGACAAUCUGCACUGUACUGUAAACACUUUCUGAUACAGAUUUACUGUUGAUGAGAUAUUGGGGUAAAGGGAGAUGUUGAAUUCAGAAUCAAAUACUUUAUAUUGCUAUUCACUGGAGUUGGGAACAAAAAAAAGACAACAAAAAAAAGAUUGGAGCCAGUUUCUUACUGUUUGAAGUUUGUAACGUGAAAGCUGUUAUGGGCUCAUUCGAUGAAUAAUGGGCAUGCAUAUCUGGCUAUAUUUAUUCUUUUUGUGUGUAUGUGCAGUACUUGUUCUCUAAAUGACUUUGAAGUUAUUGCAUCAGUUAUUCAUAUAUUCAGUGUUCUUGUAUGGGCAGACUUUUGUACAGGUUUUGGAAUUUUAAAAAGUGAUUUUAUUGUUGAGUGAAAUUUUAUACUCAUGUUCUGUGAUAUUCCGCUGCAUUCCAGUUUUAUGGUGACAUUCUGCUUCCAUUGCUUUCUGUGCCGUGAAUUUUGCAACAGUAAAUUCUUAAACAAAAAAGGCUAUGACAUUUUAAUCUGUAACUCAUUUCUCAUUUCUGGAAUUCAUUUCUCAUUCUUGCCAGCACUCCAACACAGAAACGCUCUUCAUGCAUUUUUAAUCUUUGUUAACCACAGCAGGGUCAUUUAAAGAAGGCUUAAGAUGGAUUUUCAUACAAAUUAUUGGUGUCAAGCAGGGAAUCAACACGAUAUGUAAAGAUCCAACUUGCAAAUCAGGCAGACCAUAGGAUCCUUUUCAUGCAGAGGUAUUGUAUAUACUGACCAGACGGAAUGCAACAAACUGUACCUUGAGGAAAAUGGUGUACCUGUUCUACUCAGCACUGCCAUGUUAAGGACCCAGGACCAACAAUACCCCACUAUUAGACUAAGAAUUAAUAUCUUCAUUGAAGCCUUAAAGCAGGGCCUUUCACUUACAGGAAAGCAGAAAGUAGGGGCUGCAGGGAUUUAUCUGGCCAGUAGGGUGUGCUAAUGAGUAAAUAAUGCCUAUUAACAAGUCUCAACUCUGUCUGAAAUGUACAAUCAAUUACCUGAAGGAGGGAAGUGAGGUGCUGGACGUUUGCCACAGCUGCUAUCAAGUGUAUUCACUCCGCUCUUUUCAGUGUGCAAGGAUGGAUAUGUAAAUAUGUGACGUGACUCCUCAUCUCUUUCAAUGUGAUCAUUGUAUGUUUUUUUUACUCUCAAUGAUGAGUGACAUGAAAUGUGUAUAAAUGAGUGUAUGGCCAUAUCCCAAGGUGUCUUCGA